AUGGUAGAAAAUGAAGGAAAGUUGGGUGAGAUGGAUGGUGAUCACGAUGAAGAGACAGUAAUUAAUAUGUGUUCGGGUGUUGCACUAUCUGUCUUAGUUUUGGUUAUGACCUUCAUGAGGAGAAUGCAAAGCAGACGUAGAUCUAUACGUGCAGGUCCUAGUGUUGAGAAAACAAUUCAAUAUCAAAAUAGAAAACAACACUUGGAUCGUAUAUAUAAUGGAUUUAGUGAUAGUUGUGUCAACUAUGUUAGAAUGUGUAGUGGUGCUUUUGUGAAGCUUGUAGGGAUAAUGAGGAGGAAUGAUUUAUUGCGAGACUCAAGACAUGUUACAGUGGAGGAGCAACUUGCUAUGACUUUGAAUAUUUUGGGGCAUAAAACUAAAAAUCGAAGUAUUAGGUCACAUUUUAUUAGAUCUGGUAAGACCGUGAGUAGGUAUUUCAACAAAGUGUUAGAAGCAAUUUGUCUCAUACGAUCACGCUUUUUAAGACAAGUACAGAAUGAAGUUUCACAGGGGAUCCUUAGCAACCCUCUAUACUAUCCUUAUUUCAAGGAUUGUAUUGGUAUGAUAGAUGGGACACAUGUUGAUGCUAUGCUACCUGCUAAUCUUCAACCACAAUUUCGUGGUCGAAAAGGUGUUACACAAAAUGUUUUAGCGGCUUGUACCCCAAACAAGAUAUUCACUUACGUAUUAGCUGGAUGGGAAGGUUCUGCAAAUGACUUUAGAGUCCAUCAAGAUGCAUUGUCUAGGCCACAACCUCAUGGUUUGAAAGUAUAUAAUGGAAAAUAUUACUUGUGUGAUGCGGGAUACACAACCAUGCCGGGUUUCAUCUCCCCAUAUCGUGGUGUUCGUUACCAUUUGAAGGAACAAAUAGGAAGAACACCUAAAAAUAGAAGGGAAUUAUUCAAUCUUAGACAUUCUUCUUUAAGGUCUAAGAUCGAAUCUACAUUUGGUUGUUUGAAGAAUCGUUUCAAAAUUCUUACCGCAAAGCCUCAUUACCCUUUCCGCGCACAAGUGGAUAUCGUAUUAGCUUGUGCAGUUCUUCACAAUUAUAUUGCAAUGGUGGACCCGGAUGAUGACAUAUUCAAUGAGACCGUUGAGAUCGAAGAUGAUGAAGGUGAUGUUGCUACGGAAGAUGAGAAUAAUAUUGUUGAUUUCUCUCAACCCCAAACUCUAAGGGAGCAAACACAAUCAAGAAUCGUAUGGAAGGAUCGUAGAGAUGAAAUAGCUUGGGCAAUGUGGGUUGAUUAUUGUGGAAAAUAUAAGGGAGGGAAUACUAAUGAAGUAGGCAUGUGA